CUGGGUAAACAAUCGUAAUGAGGCUCCAUCCUCCUGGUCGGCCGCGUCUCCAUCACCACUUCAGAUCAUCAGGCAGCACGCUCGUUGCUCGCGGCGGCAACACGUAUUCGUCACACUCUCGCCGUCAGUGCCUGCUCUCUAGGCAGCUUGAAACCGACGGUGAGAGAGGCUCACUCUCCACGGCCAGAACCGCGGACCAAUUGAGUCAAGCCACGGUCACGGCAGUGCGCCCGGUUUCCUCCAGACUGUGGCCUUGUCAUUAUCUUCAAAAGCAUAUAUCCCCACACCAACCGGAUUAGCCCAAGCGAAAGAGCAUGGGAGCAUGAGUGCACCUCGGCCAAGACCCUUCACCGCGAGCAGCAGAGACUACUCAUCACAUUAGGGAACGGGGGUCGCUCCUCGACACCUACGUAAGACUCUAAGAUUCCCGCCGCUACCGGCUGCCUAUAGUUCAUGCUUGAUGGUGGUGGGCGAAUUCGCGCCUGCCAAACCACAUGUUCAAUGGCCGUGUCCCGGCCCCCCCCCCCCACCCCCC